AUGAGACUGUGUGCAUCUUUGGCUUUCAUCUGUAUGAUGCUGUCAGCAGUGUAUGGGUUAAGGUGUUACACCUGCUGGGAUAAUAACCCCGGCACCUGCAAUAACAUAUGGGUUUGUCCUAAGGACUAUGACCGCUGUGCCACAACAAUAGUUGCUCAAAAUCUGAUCUCCAAAUACUGUACGAGGAGUGAUGUGUGCAAUAAUGUUGAUACCGUGGGUGUCAGAUGCUGUGCUGAAGACCUGUGUAAUGGAGCAAAACACAGUGGAGUCUUUAUCCCUCUCCUUGUAGUGCCCUUAGCCAUUAUUACACUCUUCAUUUGA